AUGUGUGCACUGCCUACCCGGCCUAGGACUCUGGCAUACAAACAAGAGUUGAGGGGGCCACCAAUCCCAAGUAGUCAACCUGGUGAAUCCGCUCACGGGGCCACUCCAACUAGGGCUUUCCUCCGGGGCGGAUUCCACUCUCUUGGGCUUCAAGGAUGCCUAGGACAUGACAGAGUGGAUGAGAAGAGAGAGGGACAGCCAGCCCCUGAGAACCACUUAUUUGCAAGAGGAAAAGAGCUGGAGAAGCGAGGGGAGAGAAACAUGGAAUUUCAGAACCGUCCUCAGGUCAGGUUGGAGUUGGUGCCCCUGACAGUAGUCACUGAGCUGCCACCUGAACCCCGAGGCAGCUUGCCCCUGUGCCGGACUGUGGUUAUUAGAAAGUUCUUAUGCUGAGCCCAAAUCUGCACCUGUCUCCAUGCAGGGCAGACACAAAUACCAGAGUCCCAG